GUAAAUCAAAUUUUGAUGAAAACUAAAUUUUAUGAAACAUUUAUUUCAGAUCUUAAUGAAAGGGAUGACGAGUACAAAUAUGUGGGUCCCUAUAACCCUAAAAUAAUGAUCACUACAUCACACACCCCUUCUGUAAAGCUAAAGAUGUUUGUAAAGGAGUUGAGGCUGAUCUUCCCCAAUGCACAACGAAUGAAUAGAGGCAAACAGGAUUUAAAACAAUUAAUGAGAGUAUGCUGCUGCAACGACGUGACAGAUGUUAUAGUUGUUCACGAAAACCGAGGAAUCCCUGAUAACGUCGUUAUUAGUCAUUUGCCAAACGGUCCCACAGCAUUUUUCAAUAUUUCAGAUGUUGUCAUGCGCCAUGACGUUCCUUUUGUUAGCAAUAUGAGUGAACAAAAUCCCCAUUUGAUUUUUCACAAUUUCAAAACUAAAAUAGGUGAACGAGUUACAACUAUAUUGAAACACCUCUUUCCCACUCCAAAACUGGAUUCCAAACGGGUUAUUACGUUUGGUAACCAUGAUGAUCAUAUAUCUUUUCGUCAUCAUCUAUUUAAAUAUGAGAACAAAAACUUGGAGCUAGAAGAAGUAGGACCCAGGUUUACACUUAAAUUGUACCAAAUUAAAUUAGGAAAAUUAGAUGAAAUUCCUGCGUCUGACACAGAGUGGAUAUUAAAACCUUAUAUAAACACAUUUAUAAAAAAUCGAGUUUUAUCGCAUGAAAAUGGUUGGCCUAUAAACGAAAGUUAACUGUAUUUAUUCAUAUCGCUAAUUUACUUCAAUACAGUCAUAAUAAAAAAAUGCCAAAAUUAGAUACAGUAUACAGAAAUUACCGCUACCUUUUCUAUGUUGUGUAAAAAUUCACUUGCAUCACGCUGCAUCGUUUACUAGUAUCUCACUAGAACAAAAUAUGUAUCCAUUUUUACUAUGGGAGUAAGUACAUCGACGGCUGAGUGGAAGAUCGACCUAUCUCGGCAGCCGGUUCAAAAACGCCCUAUCUCACAAAACUUUCCCAGAACGCCAUACUUCAGAAUUUGGUUGAAUAACGUCCUAUCUCACUUGAAGUAAAUGAGCGAUAUGUAAUAUAUAUGUAGUACACAUAACAUGUACUUAUUAUGUGCAUCGUAAAUAAAAUCGCAAAUUUUUUUGAAUA